AUGACGUCUUUCCGACGGAAACGAAACUUUACUAUCCUCACUAUCGUCUCUCUUGGGCUCUUCGGCCCCUUCAUCCUACCUUCCAUAAUAAAUUUAGGCGCUCGCAUACGCCAGACACACCCGUUCUCCUACCAAUGGACAGUCCAACAAGACUUUGUGUCGACGAAAGAUGAGCUCGACUGUCUUUACGGCCGGCUCCCUCCUUCCACGGCGAGCUCCGACGUCGAGAUCGAGCCCAUACCGAACCAUGUCCACUUCAUCUACGGUCUGAGCAACCCCUACGUUAAACCGGGCGCAGGAACCUUCGACUUCCUCUGCUAUCUUGCCGUACGGAGUGCCAUAGUUGGCAUGAAAGCGGACAAGGUCUCCCUUCAUUACACCUACCUCGCCGACCCUCCGGCCCCUGAACCGAACACGAGCCCUCUGUCCAAUCCCUGGAUAUACCGGUUGAAAGAUGAUGUCACGCUCGAAUACCAUUCGCCCGAGGAGAUGGCGGCGCUGAAGAGCUCGCCGGGCGCGACAUGGCAGGCGGCGCAUAUCUCGGACAUUCUCCGCCUGAAGCUCCUCCAGGAACAGGGUGGCAUCUACCUCGACAUGGACGCCUACGGCCUGAGGCCCUUCACCGACCUCCUCAAGUCGCCGCGCGGCAUGAUCAUGGGCCACGAGGGUGGGGAUCGCGGGGGGCUCUGCAACGCCAUCAUGGUGGCGCGACAGAACAGCACCUUCAUCGACCGGUGGUUCGGCGAAUACAACAACGUCGACCUCUCCAAGGAAUGGAACUACCACAGCGUGCGCGUACCGAAGCAGAUCCAGCUCGCGCACGCCGACGAGGUAUGCGCGCUGCCCCCGUCCAGCUUCUUCUGGCCCACCUGGACCUGGCACCACGUCGAGUGGAUGCACCAGCCGCUGAGCGCCGACGAGGCCCGACACUGGGCUGUGGAGAUGGAGAAGAACGGCGGUAGUCUGUAUGGAGAGCAGCUCGCGUACCACGCAUGGAGCCAGAUGGCCUGGGACCGCUAUCUGAAGAAGCUGACGCCCGAGGUCGUGCGUACCCGUGACACGCGCUUCAACCUCAUGGUUCGGGGCUUCCUGCAGGACGACCUUGGUCGGCGAGACCUAAGCGAGGAUAAAUCUUGCGACGGCCUGUCAACAUCGUGCCGUCUCGUCGAAUGA